UCCAUGCUUUUACAAUUUUUGUAUAUGAAUUGUCAACAAACAUGAAAAAAUAGUUUUUUUUUUACAUAUUUAUGGUUUAAAUAAUUAAUUUGAAAGUUGAAGGACUAAAAAUGAGAUUAUCAAUUUUUAAUGACAAUGAUAAUGUAUUAUUGUUGGGAGAAGGUAAUUUUUCAUUUUCUGUUGUAUUGUUUCAACAUAACCUAACAAUUUCACUUAUCGCAACAUGCUACGAAAGUGAUCCCAUAAGUGAUUCUGCUAAAAAAAACAUUGAAUAUUUAAAAAAAAAUGGAGUUUGUGUUUUAUUAGGAGUAGACGCAACAAAUCUUGAAGAAGAUCCUGUUAUAAAAAAUGCAGUCGCUUCGUCGUCUUGGAAUUUUAACUCUAAGAAAUACGAUCCGUAAACAUCCUGCUGUUAGUAAUGUUAUAUAUAAACAUGAGAUUGUAACCAGAAACAAUUUACGCCGCGCGGUUCAUUGUUCAGCUUGUUUAUUUGCUAACGCUGAAGAACCAGCAGCUGUUCCUCUGAGAAGCAGGAAAAGAAAAUCCGAAUCAGAAAACAACAAUUACUUUGUCGAUAUUAAAGCGCUGAAAGUCGUAGGAGGCUCUGGUGGCGACGGAUGCAUAUCUUUCCUCCAAGUAUGGGCUAACGAAUUUGCUGGACCUGACGGAGGAGACGGCGGUCAUGGAGGUCACGUUAUUUUCCAAGCUACGAAAGAUGUAACGGAUUUGAGGCAAGCGACGAGUCAAGUCCGAGCUGAAAGUGGGGAAAAGGGAUUUCCUAAAGAUUGCGGUGGGAAGAAUGCGCGGCACACAAUAAUUAAGGUUCCUUUAGGAACAAUUGUACGAAAUCCAGACGGAGAUAUUCUAGCGGACUUGGACGAAGAGGGGAUGAUGUUUAUCGCGGCUCGAGGUGGUGCUGGUGGCCAUGGGAAUGCUUUUUUUACUUCUGAUGUUAAUCAAGCGCCACAGAUUGCUGAGGUUGGUGCCAAAGGAGAAGAGAAACAGUAUUUAUUGGAGCUCAGGAGUAUGGCGAAUGUUGGACUGAUUGGGCUUCCGAAUGCCGGAAAAAGUACUCUGCUUCGAGCGAUAUCAAGAGCAAGGCCCAAAGUGGCACCAUAUCCAUUCACAACUUUGCGGCCUCACUUGGGAAUGGUUCUCUAUGAUGAUUAUGAGCAGAUAGCUGUGGCGGAUUUACCCGGUCUUAUUGAAGACUCUCAUAAGAACCGGGGAUUGGGUAUAAUGUUUCUAAAGCAUGCUGAGAGAUGUGCAGCUCUCUUGUUCAUACUAGACAUGACUGCGGAUGAACCCUGGGAGCAAUUUAAUGUUCUCAAAAGUGAAAUUGAUCACUUUAGCAAAACAUUGUGUCAGAGACCUAUACUAGUAAUCGCAAAUAAAAUAGAUGUACCGGGAACGGAAGAUAAAUUAAAAAAACUAAAAGAAAAAUUGGACUUACCGAUAAUUCCUAUUUCAGCAAAAUUAGGCACUAAUAUUUCGACACUUUUAAAAGAAAUUCGUGUACUUUAUGAUAGGGAAGUAGAAGCGAGAAAUUUAAAAGCGGCUGUUGAAAAAGAAGAGUGAUUUGUAUUUUUUAUUAUAAAUAUAUUGUAAAAAAAAUUAACAAA